GCUACUCCGGAAUCUCCGUGGGGUAGUAUAAACUGUAUAAAAACCGAAUUGUGUUACGCUGAGCUACUCCGAACUUCAGACUUGGAAGAUUUAAUUUUGUGCGAAACAUCAUCGAAACAUCAUCGAAACAUUAUCGAAACUCCUCGUAUAUCUGUCGAAUCUCCAAGUCAGGCGCUCUUUAUCACUUAUCCUUAUACUCACUCCACAAUGUCUGAUAUGACGGGUUUUAAUAAUCAAUCAACUCACGGAAGUUAUGCAUACAGUAUUCCAUUCAAUAGUGUGGACGAGGACACCAGUUACGCAAGCAUGGAACCGCCGAUUAGUAUGGACUCCAAUGACAUUUAUUCCGGCCAUCCCAGUCAAGCGUCAAACCCUGGCAGUCCGUCGUCGCAACCACGGUGGCAAGCAUUCCCCCAACCACCCAGUUAUACCAAUUUUAUCCCAAAUUUGUCCUGGAGUUACGAAGAUCGAGUCACUCACGAUGGUUUGACCAAUGACAACCCACCCGCUAUCCAUUAUUCUGUCCCCCAUUCAUUGGUUCAAACGUCGACUUCUUUCCUUUCCAAUAAUUCUGGCAUGAUGACAAACGCUACGAGUCAUGGAUGCGUAGUGAUUGUCACGAAAGCAGAUAUUAACGUUGAAAGGCUGCUGUCCAUUAUUCAAUUAUUUGGAAGGGUAGAAAGAUUAUAUGAUUCCAUAUGA